GCUUAUAAAAGGGUCUCCCAGAAAAGGCCAAAAGAGUGUAGAAGGUUCUGGGAAAUAGGAGACCCCACAGCCUGCCUGGCCUUGGCACCCUAAGGAUGGACUCUGCCACUCACGCCGCUGCCGCCCCCGGCCCAGCCCCCGCCCUGGCCCUGGCUCCAGCCCUCACGCAAGCCCCCCUGGCACUCCCUGGCCUGUUUUGCCCAACGCCCCUCCUCUCCUCUGGACAAGAAGUGGAUGGGAGGGAAAGAGGACCUUGUCACUGGAGGCCCUGGCUGUCCUCCACAAAUGACACUCCAAGGCAGGCGGCUGGUGGAGCAGCAGCUACUGAGGUCACCAAGACCAACUCUGAGUUUCAUCACCCCGUCAGGCUCUUCUGGCCCAAAUCCUGCUCCUUUGACUACCUGUACAGUGCUGGGGAGAUUUUACUGCAGAACCUCCCUGUCCAGGCCACCAUCAACCUGUAUGAGGACUCAGACAGCGAAGACGAGGAGGAAGAAGAGGAGGAGGAAGAGGAGGCAGAUGAAAAGGGGCCAGAAGGGUGUGCCAGGGUACCAGGGUCCGCACCACACAAGGCCACAGCUCAUCCCCCUUCCCUGCCCCUGCCCUGUCCGAACUGAAGCAACAGUAUGCCUGGCAAGCUUCCAUGGGCGUCGAUCAGCCAGGAGUCUCUGGGCACAGCUUUCUGGACUGAAAAUUGGGUCCUCAAGCUGCCCAGCUCACCCUGGCUUACCUGACUGGCCUGUGAACCCAGGCCUCUGGCAUCUCAUUAUCUGGGCUGCUGUUGUGUUGACAGCGGGAGGGUCCUAGGAGCUCUAGAGGAAGGAAGACCUGGUUUCUGAAGCCCCCAGGAAGCAGAGCAGGACAGAGCAUGCCCUUGCAGGGGGAAGCAGUCACCCCUUAGGGCCCUUUGACUCUGCAGCCUUCCCAGGUGGCCAUGUGGUUCCCGCCUCCCCAUGUAAAGCCCGACUUCUGGCUUCACCUCCAGAAAUACCGACGCCAGAGCCAAGAAAAGCUGGGGUGCCUUUCUCAUGGGUCUUACAGGAAGGGGAGGGGGCAUCUGCAGAAUCAGCCCCCUCUGGGGUCCCUCCCCCUGUUUAGCCUACUGUCCAUUGAAGUCUGUGUGUUGGCAUAAGAUGAAUCAGAGGAAAAAUAAACUGGAUGUUUGCCUUUU